AUGCGUUACUCUCUCGCCUUUGUUGCGGCUAUCGCAGCCACUGUCCAGGCCCACGGUGUCAUCACUGAGAUCCAGGGUGCCAACGGUGUCACUAUGCCUGGUCUUUCCGUCGCAGAUGGCACUCCCCGUGACUGCGCCUCUCCUCUCUGCGGCUCCGAGGCUGACACUUCCAUCAUUCGUACCCGUGAAAUGGGCGGCAAGGCCUCUGCUCUGGGUCGUACCAAGGCCGGCCCAGUCGAUGCUGCCGCCGCCAUCGCCAGCUUCAUGGGUGCCGGAGCUGCUGGCGGGGCCAAGGCCGCUGCCCCUGCUUCUGCCGCCGCCGCUGCUGCCCGGAAGCGUGGCCUUCUCGAUGCUCUCACAGGUGGAAAGGGAAAAGGCAAAGGCAAAGCCGCCGGUGCUGGUGCUGGCGCUAAAACCGCAAAGGGCACCACUGAGCAGGGUGUUGCUAAGGCGGCUGGCGCUGGUGCAACUUCCGGUCUGCCAACUACAUCCGACGAUGGUACUGUUACUAUGACCUUCCAUCAAGUCAACCAAGAUGGCGCUGGUCCACUCACGGCAAUGGUCGACGCUACGUCCGGCGGCACCGACCCUGCUGCAUUCAAGGAUGCCCAGGUCACCCAGGACGUUCCCGGAAUCGGUAUUGGAGGUCUCUCGGCUGCCGCAGUCAAGGAUUUCCCCGUCAAGGUUCAAAUGCCCGCUGGCAUGACCUGCCAAGGUACCGCCGGUGGCGCCCAGAACGUAUGCAUCGUCCGCGUGCAGAACGCCGCUCUCGCCGGUCCGUUCGGUGGCUCUGCUGCCUUUACACAAUCUACCGCAGCCAAGAAGCGCGCUGUCGAGUAUAACCUCCGCAAGCGACACAUGGCGCGCGGUCUCCUCGGAAGGCCGGAGUAG